AUGGAACCGGAGGCCCCGGCGGGUCAGGCCCCGGCGGCAGCCAGCAAGCUGUCGGAGGCGGUGGGCGCGGCGCUGCAAGAUCCCCGGCGGCAGCGGCGUUUGGUGCUGGUCAUCGUGUGCGUGGCGCUGUUCCUGGACAACAUGUUGUAUAUGGUCAUCGUGCCCAUCGUGCCCUACUACGUGCACGCGGCCAGCGAGAAGCCCACCCCGACCUCCAGCCCAACGCCGCCCACUCCGACCAAUGCCAGUGCCGUCACGGUCAACACCUCAGAGUCCCCGACGGCUGCUAUGCCAGCCAAGUCUAUUGUGAAGCUCCAACACCCCAGGGACAACGAGGACGUGAAGAUCGGGGUGCUGUUUGCCUCCAAGGCCAUCCUGCAGCUGCUGGUUAACCCCCUGAGUGGGACCUUCAUCGACCGCAUGAGCUAUGACUUGCCACUGCUUCUGGGCCUGGGCGUACUGUUCGCCUCUACGGUGAUGUUUGCCUUCGCGGAGGACUAUGCGACGCUCUUCGCCGCACGCAGCCUGCAGGGUCUUGGCUCGGCUUUCGCGGAUACGUCUGGCAUUGCCAUGAUUGCAGACAAGUAUCCGGAGGAGCCAGAGCGCAGCCGCGCCCUGGGCUUGGCGCUGGCCUUCAUCAGCUUCGGAAGCCUAGUGGCGCCGCCCUUCGGAGGGUUCCUCCACGAGUUCGCUGGAAAGUCUGCGCCCUUUCUGGUGCUCGCCGCCGUUUCGCUGUUCGACGCCCUAUUGCUGCUGGUGGUAGCCAAGCCCUUCUCGGCGGCGGCUCGGGCGCGGGCCAACCUGCCAGUGGGCACGCCCAUCCACCGCCUCAUGCUGGACCCCUACAUCGCAGUGGUGGCAGGCGCGCUCACCACCUGCAACAUCCCCCUCGCCUUUUUGGAGCCCACCAUCGCCACGUGGAUGGAACGUACGAUGGCAGCAUCCGAGUGGGAGGCAGGUAUAGCCUGGCUGCCGGCCUUCGUGCCGCACGUGCUAGGCGUCUACCUCACCGUGCGACUGGCGGCGCGCUACCCCCACCUGCAGUGGCUGUACGGCGCCUUUGGGCUGGCGGUGAUCGGCGCCAGCUCGUGCCUGGUGCCCGCCUGCCGCUCCUUCGCACCGCUAGUGAUCUCGCUCUGCGGCCUGUGCUUCGGCAUCGCGCUGGUGGACACCGCGCUGCUGCCCACGCUCGCCUUUCUUGUGGACGUGCGCCACGUCUCGGUCUAUGGCAGCGUCUACGCCAUUGCCGACAUCUCCUAUUGCGUGGCCUAUGCGCUUGGGCCCAUCGUGGCGGGCCACAUCGUGCACUCGCUUGGUUUUACACAGCUUAGCCUUGGCAUGGGCCUGGCCAACCUGCUCUAUGCGCCCGUCCUGCUGCUGCUGCGCAACGUGGGCCUCCUGAAGCGCUCCCGCUCGGAGCGGGACGUGCUGCUGGAUGAGCCACCGCAGGGUCUGUAUGACGCUGUGCGCCUGCGGGAGCGCCCCAUGUCCGAACGGGACGGCGCACCUCGCAGCCCGCCCGGCCCCUUUGACGCCUGCGAGGAGGACGACUACGACUACUACACCCGCAGCUAGCGGCCCUGCUCCUCCUCUAGGCCACCCACCUACUCUCCAACCCACCCCCACCCGCGGGUCAAGGGGGCUUCUCUGGGGCAGCUCAGGCUCAGGGUUUGCCACCUCCAGCGAGUACCCAGCCCCUCCGCAGUCUUUAUUUCCCCCGGCCUGAGUCCCCUCUCUAGAAUCCAUUCUGUGUCCUCCUUCCUUUUCUCCAACCGGGCGUGGAGCACCUAGGCACUCGUGCUUCGGGAAAAGAUGAAGAGGCGCGCGGACCGCCACCUCGGGGCUCCCCGAUGUAGAGCUGCGCCUCUGCCUGUCCUUCCUUGCGUUCCUCCCAGUGCCAACUGGGCCCGCUGCACCGCGGUGCCUCCGGGCCGAUUCAAUAAACUAUAUC